AUGUUGGCGCGUAUAACCAAACAAUUGGGUUAUUUCGUCCCGGCAUUGUCACAAUCGGCUCUGGUGCUCGCAACACCAUAUGGAAGAUUGCGUCAUGUUGCUUUCUUAGCGACUGGAGUUGACCGGUACUUUUAUUUUAAUCAGGGUUAUUAUCUUAUGUCAGAUUUUAAUCAGUUUGAGUAUUUUAAAUUACGAGUAAAAGAAAUAAACGAGCUAAAAGAAGCAAAUGACAGCCCAUACCCGCACAAGUUCCACGUGUCGUCCUCCCUUGACAACUUCAUCGAGAUGUUCGGCGAGAAAGUCAAGCCCGGAGAAAUCUUCGACAAAGAAGUCCACAGUAUCGCGGGUCGUAUCCACUCGAUACGUCGCGCCGGGGCCAAGCUCAUUUUUUACGACCUGAGAGGCGAGGGUCUCAAGCUCCAAAUCAUGGCCAACGCCAAGCACUACGAAAGCGAGGAUGCCUUCAACCGAGACACCGACAAACUCGGUCGCGGAGACAUCGUGGGGGUUCUCGGGGUGCCUACUAAGUCAAAACUAGGAGAAUUUUCAAUUUUGCCUAAGAAAAUCACGCUGCUGAGUCCUUGCUUGCACAUGCUUCCUCACCUCCACUACGGACUCAAGGAUAAGGAAACAAGAUUCCGUCAGCGUUAUUUAGAUUUAAUAAUAAACUCAAGUGUUCGACAAAAGUUCCAAAUAAGGGCUAAAAUAAUAGCUUAUGUUCGUAAAUUCCUUGAUGAAAUGGGAUUUUUGGAGGUUGAAACCCCGAUGAUGAACAUGAUUGCUGGUGGUGCUACUGCUAAACCAUUUAUUACGCAUCAUAAUGAUUUAAAUAUGGAUCUUUUUAUGCGUGUUGCUCCUGAAUUAUAUCUGAAGAUGUUAGUAGUCGGAGGAUUCGAUCGAGUCUACGAAAUCGGUCGCUUAUUCCGAAACGAAGGAAUAGACAUGACACACAACCCCGAAUUCACAUCCUGCGAGUUCUACAUGGCCUACGCGGACUACCACGACCUGAUGGCAAUAACCGAGACUCUGGUCUCAGGAAUGGUAAGAAGCAUCCACGGAACCCACAAGCUAGUCUACCACCCAGACGGUCCGGAAGGCGAAGGCGUAGAGAUAGACUUCACUCCCCCGUUCAGACGACUGCCGAUGAUAAAAACCCUGGAAGAGAAGCUGGGCGUCAAGUUUCCGGAUCCUGAGAAAUUAAACACCGUGGAAGCCAACAAAUUCCUGAGUGAUUUAUGCAUCAAGCAUGACGUCGAGUGUCCUCCACCGAGAACCACCGCGCGUUUGUUGGACAAACUGGUGGGAGACUUCCUUGAGGAGACUUGCAUCCACCCGACGUUCAUCACCGACCACCCUCAGAUCAUGUCGCCGCUCGCCAAGUGGCACAGGUCUGCCAAGGGCCUCACUGAAAGGUUCGAGCUCUUCGUCAUGAAGAAAGAACUAUGCAAUGCUUAUACCGAGUUAAACGAUCCUCUUGUCCAGAGAGAACGGUUCGAGCAACAAGCCAAGGAUAAGGAUGCUGGAGACGAUGAAGCUCAGAUGAUCGAUGAAAAUUUUUGUACUGCUCUGGAGUAUGGGCUGCCUCCCACUGGAGGAUGGGGCAUGGGCAUUGACCGAUUAACUAUGAGGUUCUGCUAUUUCCGGCAAUGAAACCCGAUGACAACCCUACUAAACAUAAAGAAAACGAGGAAGAAAUAAAAACACCUGAUAAAUAA